AUGAGGGAACAAACAUAUCGCCCACUUCUUAUGUAUACAAUUGACAUGAGUAUGGUUGAAGAGUUUCAGUUUUUCUGUCAAGUUAUCAAAGAUGAGAGUCCCAGUUCAACUGCAAGACUGGGUUACUAUGAAAUGAUGAUGUGGUUAAACUUUAAUGAUGAAGAAAAUAUUCAGGGUGUUUGUGAUUAUAUUGCUAAGAAUGAUGGCGAGGACACUUUUGAUUUACGAGAAAGUUAUUUAUUGGCUCUUUGUGAGAGUGAAAGGAAGGAGAAUAUUUUAGAGGUGUUGGAAAUCAUGGACAUAAAAAAGCUUUCAUCUGUUGACUCUGUAGCAAAGAUAUUUCAGGCAUUGGGAAGACUAUCAUUGGAACCUGUUGCGGAGAAACUCCUUUUUGAUUACAAAAUAAGCAGAAUUCCGUUGCAGUUUGUUCAAAGUUUCUGUUGGAUUCAUGUAAAACUUGGUAGAAACAAACACCCCAAUUCAUAUAAGAUAUCAAUUCAUUAG